UCCUCUUCUCCAUUCUCGCUUCUUUUCUGCCAUAAUUUUGGUGUGUAUAUUCUAGGGUUAGGGUAUUCCCCUAAUGGAGGAUAUCGAGGAGGAACAAAAAAUCUCAAAGAAAAUCAAAGCCGAGAACAGUCACAGUGUUGAUUCCGACGACAACGAUCUCGACCAUGACUCCCUCAGGCGGUUCAAGAGAGCUGUCCGAUCAUUGGCGAAACCCUCUUACCUCCUUGGUCUCGGACCGAAUUCGAAGAGUGUCCAAUGCGAGUAUCGUGAGAGACUGACAACGAUUCUUCGCGAUCUGCUUCGCCAGCAGAACUGGAGAGAAGCGAGUGGUGUUCUUAGUGUUUUGAUGCAAGGGACAAUGGGAGAUCGUUCUCCGGAGCUGAACCGGUUAAAAUACAUUGCUCUGAUACGAAUUCAGAGUCGCCUGACUACUGACGGUCUCAGCUCUGCAAAAAUCGGCAAAAUUUAUGAUACUUGGAUUGGCAAGAUUGGAAAAGAGCAUAAAGAGUUGGUCGUUGGGCAGGAGAGACUCUCGGUUUGCAUCGAACAGAUUCUUCAUUUUCUCAAGCAUGGGAAUGACGAUGACGCUUACCAGGCUGCUGUCAGCUUAAUGCAGGAUCGUGAGCUGGGAAAACUUCCGCGUUCCCAUCUGUUUGUAGGGUUGACUUUCUAUGCGCUGUGGAGUCGUAACUACCUGAAUCAUCUACAAUCUGAAGAUGCAGACCCCAGCAUAUUAGGGAUGUCCGAAUCAAGAUCCGACCAUCCAAUUGGGUAUUCGGGUGGCUAUGAAUCAGUUUGUAGUCUUGACCCAGAGGCUUCAGCCGGAAACGUGUCAGAAUCUUCUGUCAUGAAUGAAAAAAGAAUUUCCCAUGCGCUCAUCAGUGUUCAGGAGAUGGAAACGGAUACAAAGGUUGAUACCGAAUCGAAACUGGACAAUCCUGUGCAUCUUACGCAGACGGCAACACUCUAUGCCAGCUCUGAUGAAAAUGAAUCCUUGCAAAAUGAUGCUGCUCAUACAUUUAAUCCUUCUCUAGUUUCUCUUCUUGAUACCAUGGAAUCGUGGUUGCUUCCUGUGAAACUACCAAAGGAUCCUGCUCACUAUGUGAAAAUGCUCAAUGAUUCCCACUAUAAGGAAGCUGUGAAGUAUAUGCGCCUUGCACUCGAUUCUUCUCAUCCUGUUUCAUUGGCUGCAUUACGUCCGCUUGUACAGUUGUUGCUGAUGGGAGGUCAAAUAGACGAAGCGAAGAAAGAGGUUGAUAAGGUUUGUGACGAAGUACGCGACCUAAAAGCUUUCAGGAUUAGGGCCGUUCUUUUGGAGACUUUCCAUCCCGACAGCGACAUGCUUGCAAAGUGUUACGAAGAUGUCUUGAACAUUGAUGGAAGAUGCACCCGCACUCUGAUGAAACUUAUCAACCUGCAUCACAGAGGUGUUUAUGAUACAGAGUGUCUGAUCGAAAUGAUAGCAUUGCAUCUAGAAGUUUCCUAUCCCAAGCCCGAGAUAUGGAGACAGUUUGCCACGUGUUUCUUUGAACUGUGUCAGACCGACGAGGACAGGAUGUCGGUAUGUGCUGAUGGGACUGAAGGAGAGGAGACGAAAUGCUAUUCCGUACGAUACAGCCGAACCCCGAAGGUGUUUACCGACAGAACAUCGGGAAAAGCCUGGAAGCUCCGGAGAAAAUGGUGGUUGACCCGCCAUUUCUCCCUGAAAACGCUCGACUCGGAGAUCGAGAGCGGUGAGCUAGAGCUCAUGGCAUGCAAAGGGGCUUGCGCUUCUCACAUGUACGGACAAGAUUUCGGGUACGUGGCAAAGGUGUACGGUCUUUUGGACAAAGGUAGUCACAGUGACUUGUUCAUGUUCUUGCAAAACCAUAGACUAAACUCCAUCAGGGUAUUUGACCCAGAUUAGAGACAUGGAUAAAGUUCACAACUUUCUAUGAAUUUGGCUCGAUCGAUUUUUUAAAUGGAAAUGGAAUGGGAAAAAAAAUCGAACCGUUAUUUGAUUUAA